GACACUCGUUUGAACUGUAACGAUAAAUCGGUUUAUUGUUCUAUGAUAUCUACGGAUAAAUAGUGGACAUUACACAUCAACAUCUCACCACGGGUUAAGCAUUUGCAGGUCCGAAUAGCAGAUAUUUUAGAAGAUGUCCAGGGUUGUGUCAGUGGAGGAGGACUAUGGAAAGCCGUUAUCACCAGAAAGACUAGAUGAAAUGGUUCAACGUGUUGGUGGAUGGGCUUUGUUAAACGGUGUUCAGAAAAAGAUAACAGCGACUGAGUUCCCGGAAAGACUUGAACCUAUGCCGUUUACAUUAUUUCCCAGUAUACUACCUGGCGACGUAUUGAGGAAAACACGGGGUUUACAAACAGCCUUCCAGACUGUGAUUUAUAAGGUUGCUAAUGACCAUGAGUUCAUGAAGGAAUGUUUAAAAGGAUUGCUCAAUGUUGACGACUUCACAAAACAACUUUGGACAAUUUAUGAAACUGUGCGAGGCGAAGGAAUAACUCAGGAAAUAUCUCUUGUAUUAACACGCAACGACUUUAUGAUGGAAUAUAGAAAUGAUAAUGACGUCACACAAGACUGUAAACAGGUGGAAUUUAACACUUUUGCUUCCGGUGCUGGCGGAGUGAUAAGCAGUAUGACCGACGUACACAGGUACAGUCUAACGUUAGAAGAUAUUCCAUUCAACAGUGAACAGUUACCAGACAAUCACCCUACUGCUGGAUUAGCGGAUGGUAUGGUAAAGGCUUGGAGACUAUACAAAAAUCAAAAAUCUGUGAUACUGUAUAUUGUGGGUAUACCUGAACCAAAUACCCCGGAUCAACGCUGGCUCGAAAGAGAUAUAUUCCAAAUAGACAGAUCUGUAAAAGUUAUUUAUAGAACAUUCCCACAACUCAUCCGCCAGGUGACGCUCGGCGAAAAUAAAGAACUGCUUGUGGAUGGUAUGGAGGUGGCUGUUGUCUACUAUAGAUACGGAUAUUCUCCUAAACAUUAUCCUACAGAUGCUGAAUUCAAGCUACGGUUAGACAUAGAGAGAUCGCGUGCAAUCAAAUGCCCAACUGUGGCUUUUCAUCUGGCCGGAUGUAAGAAAAUACAACAAGUUUUAGCGGAACCAGGAGUGCUUGAGAGAUUUAUAAAAGGAACCGAUGUUAUAAACGAUUUACGAUCUACAUUUGUUGGACUAUAUAAACUAGACACAGCAGAUUCUGAUGAAAUAAUUAGUCAAGCUUUACAGACGCCCGAGAAAUAUGUCCUGAAACCACAGCGGGAAGGCGGAGGAAAUAACUUGUUUGGAACAGAACUGAAGGAAUAUUUAGAGAAGAUAAAAGAUUCACCGGAAAGAUCGUCGUGGAUCCUGAUGGACCGGAUACGAGCUGCUAGACAUAGAAACCGUCUGAUACGAGUCGGUCUAGGACCGGAAUGCCGAGAUGUCGUUAGCGAAAUAGGAAUAUUUGGCGUGCAUAUUAGUACAUCAACAACAGAACUUGAGAACUUUGAAUGUGGAUAUUUGCUACGCACUAAACCCGAGAUAGCUAACGAGGGCGGCCUGUUUAGCGGACAUUCGUGCCUGGAUUCACCAUUCCUCGUAUAGAGAUGCAACCCGUUCACCGAAUCUCAACUUCAACUUAUUAUACUUUACAGAAAUACAAUCAUACAAUGUCUAUAGUUUUUAAUUUGCAAACUUAUCAUACAUUGAAAUCAAAUGAUCUUAGUCAAUUAUGCGAUAAAUCAAGCAAAAGCAACCAUUAUUAUGUUACUAUUAUACGAUGUAAAAGUAUAAACAGCGCAAUUAAACUGCAGUUUUCCUAGGAUAUACAAGUAACUUGCAGCUAUUGACACAAAGGAAUUACAACAUUAAGAACCCAGCCUUCGAUGUUAUUAUGUUCCAAAGAGUCCAUAUUUGUUGGCUUAUGUCUCGGAUACUAUUUUAAAGUAUGGAAGACCGUUAAACAGCAUUCUGAAAAUUCAUCUCUAUAGUCCACUGAAUAUUGUUUAUUACAGAAACAGUUGAUCAGCUGUUUUAAAUUAGGGAUCGGCCGCUGGAUGAUGCCAAUACAAUCAUGUGUUCACCGAAUUACUCUCAGCAUUCAUUUAAUUUUAUUAUUUUCACUGCUUGCAUAAUCAAAGUAUUUUAGUCAAAAUUUUACAAUGUCAGAUUACAAUAUACAUGCUGCUUAGUAUUAAUAUAGAAACCGUUUUACGUAAUUGACCUAGUCUUGGUGGUGUUUUAGCACACCUGAUCACACAAUAUUAGCAAAACUGAAGUUAGUUUAGGGCCCAAAGUACCUUCAAUUUUAGCGAUACGAAUGAUUUUGUGUGAAACAUGGUAUGGUAGAUGUUUUCAAAUGUUAUUCAACUCGUGGGCCUUUGAUCAAAACUUAAACCGACAUAGGCUUCAUUUUUGACCAGAAGAAAAUGCAUGAUACAUGCCGCUUUAAUAUAUACAUGUACCGUUCAUCUUUAAGAACACUCACCAAAAAGACAAAUAGAAUAGGAAGUGCUAU